AUGCACGCGGGGCUCCUGGGGCUCUCGGCCCCGCUGCAGGCGGCCGAGCAGAGCGCGCGCCUUUACACAGUGGUCUACUACUUCUCCUCCGGACGGCGCCUGUGGGGGUGGCUGGCACUUUCUAUCUUCCUGCCCGGCUUCCUGGUGCAGGGCCUGAGCUACCUGUGGUUCCGCGCGGACGGGCAUCGCGGGCGCUGCUCACUGCUGAUGCUGCACCUCCUACACCUUGGCGUCUGGAAGCGCCACUGGGACGCUGCUCGGACCGCAAUGUCGAAGGAACAGGAGGCUCCGCACCUGGGCCAGCUGUGGCUGCAGGAGGCCGACCUGUCGGCCCUCCGCCUCCUGGAGGCCCUGCUGCAGACCGGGCCCCACCUGCUGCUGCAGACGUACGUCUUUCUGGCCUCAGACUUCACGGACAUCGUGCCCGGGGUAAGCGCCCUGUUCUCCUGGUCCUCUCUGUCCUGGGCCCUGGUGUCCUACGCUCGUUUCAUGGACUUCAUGAAGCCGGGCCCCCUGGCCACGCCGUGGGCUGCGCUCUUGUGCCAGCAGCUCUGGAGGAUGGGCAUGCUGGGGACCCGCGUGCUGAGCCUGGCGCUGUUCUACAAAGCGUACCACGUUUGGGUUCUGGUUGUUGGAGCCGCGGGCAGCAUGUGGCAUGUGAUGCUGCUGGAGAAUGUCAUCCUUCUGCUGUUGGCCACAGACUUUGUCCAGGGGGCAUCGUGGACCAGCCUGUGCACCAUAGCGGGCGUCUUGUCUGGCUUCCUCAUUGGCAGCGUGUCGCUGGUCGUCCAUUACAGCCUGCUGCACCCAAAAGCCGCGGCCAUCCGCCAGGGCCUCGUGCGGACAUCCUGCGGCACUGCAGGGGGCGACACGGCAGAGAGAGAAUCUUCUCCCCGGGCCGAGGCUCUGGCAGGGGGGAGAGCCGAGAGCUCGGUCUCGUGCCAAGGGGAAGGUUACGAGCCGACACCUCUGGGGACGCCCCCUGGCCCACAGCCGGGUGCUCUGGAGGCCGGGCCGGGGAGCCACGUUGCUGGGGAGGACUCUUUCCUCAGUCACCACCACUGGCUGUUGGUGAAACUUGCCCUAAAAACAGGAAACGUGUCCAAGAUCAACGCAGCCUUUGGAGACGACAGUCCUGGCUGCUCCUGGGGGCUCGGUCAACACCACAGUGUGCAGAGGAAGCCCCUGUCUUCCCAGCAAGAGCCCCCAUCCUCACCCCGUGACCGCCCAGCCUUAGAGAAAGGCUCUGAGUUUGAAGGUGUCCCUAAAGCAGACCCUGACCCUUUGGAAAGCUCAAGUUAUGUCUCUUUUGCCAGCGAUCUUCAGGACAAAGUGCCUCCAGAGUGGCCGUCAGCCGCCCGGGGAGAGGGCGGCCCGGAGGAGGGGGCCGGGGCUGUUCUUGCAGCGCAGGGGCGGGGAGCCGGGGGGCAGCCGAGGGCGGAGGAAGGGCAGGAGGGCUCCACGUUGUACUUCAGUGCCACUGCGGAAGGGGCCACGCCCCCACACCAAGAAGGCAGGCCAGCCACUCCGCAGAGGGCCCACUCUGGGAGGAUAUUGGGGAAGGGCAGCCCUGCCCCACCUGCCUGGCCUCGGCCGCUCACUAAGCCCUUUCCCGUCACCAUGGCUGACAUCAGCCCCAUCCUAGGCCCCGGCCCAUGCGGAGGCUCCGGCCCCAGUGCAGACCCCACUGGACGAGCCCUGGGUGGCUCAGAGCAUAGGGAGAGUCAGGAGCCCACAGGGGACUUGAAUCACCAUGCCACUGUGGGCCCACGGAUGUCACUGCCAAAGACGAGACCUGCCGAUGAGCCCUGCCUCACGUCCACCCCGAAGUCUGAGUCCCUCCAGAGGGACUGCAGCUGCAGAGAGAAGACGAAACAGGACUCAAGUUUUUUCAUCUGA